UUGAGCGUGCUUACGAAUUAAUCACAGGGAGUCGUCGCUCCGUUUGCUCUUCCUCGUCCUCUUCCAAUCCCUUUUCGCCUCCUCCGAUCCUCGCGAUCCGUGUCGCGCCUCCUCCUCCAAUCGCGAAUCGGGAAUUCGAUAGAGAAGGAACGGCCCAAAAAGUGAAAAAAAGAAAAAGAAAAAGAAAUGGCGCAUCUCCUGGGGCUCCUCAAGAUUCGUGUGGUGCGCGGGGUCAACCUCGCCUACCGCGACACCCGAGGGAGCGACCCCUACGUCGUCCUCAGCGUCGGCUCCUCGAAAGUGAAGACAAGUGUAAAGAAGAGAAGCGUCAGCCCAGAAUGGAAUGAAGAUCUGACGCUAUCCGUUACAGAUCAUGCUGUGCCAGUCAAGCUUGAAGUCUUUGAUAAGGACACGUUCACGAAAGACGAUAGCAUGGGCGAGGCAGAGUUCGACAUACAGCCUUUGGUAGAGGCAGCAAGGAUGAAUCUCGAGGGCAUCCCAAGCGGCACUGUGCUCAAGACUGUUGAACCAUCGAGGCACAACUGUGUAGCCAGUCAGAGCCACAUUACAUCUAAGGAUGGCAAGGCUGUCCAGGAUCUCAUUCUCAGGCUGAGGAACACCGAGUGUGGCGAGAUCGAACUGCAACUUCAGUGGGUCGGCAAUAAUCGGGUUGUACUGUAAGCUUAUACGGCAUGUUAGCAGCACUUAUCACCAUGGUCUUCCUUCUAUUGUGUUUUCUUGCGACGUGACGAGGGUGUUAUGCAUACUAAGUAUAUAUACAUAUGUUGCUGUACAUAGUAUGUGAUCUGAAAUAAGCUGCACCCAGUUGGGCUCAGCAGGGACACAAUAUAUAAUGUAAACAGUAUGCCAUGGGAGUUUUAUGAACUAAAUGUGUGUGUUUCAGUUUCAAUGUAUACACACCUUUUACUGCA